UAUAAAACCCAUUGCUUAUAUCAUCUCCUCCACCAACAUAAAAUUCUCAGAGAAGAAAGCUCAAUCUCGAUCUCGUCAUGGAGUUCCACAAGUCCAUUUCCACCUCGCACAGGGCCAUAGCCCAUCUAUUCUUGCUAGCCCUUGCCCUCACAUGUACCACUACGGCUACCGGUGCUCGGAUUCCAGACCAGGUCCUGCCACCCACCUCCGCAGUCAUACCUACUCCUGUGGCGUCGGCGUUCAGUCCAGUCCAACCUUCCGUCACACAAGUAGCACCACUUGCUGCUGUACCUGCUGCCACUGUCUCAGUCAUACCACCCAACGCCGCUGCUGCCCCCGGAGCACCCGCAAGUGCAACCGUGGCUGGUUCAGGCCCAAACCAACCUAUGUCCUUCUUCAUGCAUGACAUAGUAGGUGGGACAAACCCCUCUGCCAGAGCAGUCACCGGAAUCGUCACCAACCCAGCCGUCAACGGUGACCUCCCUUUCGCCAGGCCCAACGGUGCAGUCCUUCCCGUUAACAACGGCGUUCCCCAAAAUAACGGUAACAAUGGCAUCGUCAACAACAACAACAUUCCAUUCCUGACCGGCCUAGGUGGUAACACCGCCCAAGUAUUUCAGAACAACGGCGGCAACAACGUGAUCAACGGUGGUGGAUCUAAGUUCCCGGUAGCCAACGGUGGUAAGCUUCCUACGGGGAAUGCGCUUCAGGACCUUACGUUUGGAACGAUGACGGUGAUCGAUGAUGAGGUCACAGACGGAGAACAGCUAGGGUCGGGUUCAUUAGGGAAGGCACAGGGGUUCUAUGUAGUAAGCUCGGAGGAUGGUACCAGCCAGACCAUGGCGUUCACUGUGAUGUUUGAGAGCGGUGGUUAUGCUGAUAGCUUGAGUUUUUUUGGGGUGCAUAGAACCGCCGUGACGGAGUCACAACUGGCUAUCAUGGGUGGGACGGGAAAGUAUGUGAAAGCCAAGGGAUAUGCCGCCGUCAAGACCCUUCCUUCCGUUGAUCAGAAUUCCACCGACGGAGUUGAGACUCUGCUUCAGCUUACGGUUUACGUGACUUACUAAUGUGUGCCUUAGAAUUUGCAAAUAUGUUGUGUGGAGAGAGAGAGAGAGAGA